UCAAAAGGUUCACACUUGCGGCGCUCGGAGGACCGGCAGCCGGCGGCUCUGCAGCCCAUCAGUCCGUACACAAGGUAACACAACCCGGUGUCUACCGACUGCUUCACUCGUUAAACCGUCAAAUGUGUCCGCAGAGUUCCACCGACACUGUCCGCCUGAUUAAAACACACAGAGGAAUCCGUGGAAGUUGUGAGUAGAGUUGGUUCACAUGGGCAGAAUGUGCCAGAAUCCUUGAAGACACACUAAAGACUGUGGAAGAUACCUGAUCUCCGUUGUUGUACAUACACCUGGAGCCAUGGCUGGUCUUCUAAUAGCUCAAGUGACACUGCUGAGGUGUACAUUUCUCUUUCUCUGCUUGAGUGUCUGCUUGUGCCAGCGUGACUGCACCGGCGUGGACUGUCCCCAGCUGGACAACUGUAUCGAAGAAGCGUUGGAGAGCGGUGCCUGUUGUGCUUCCUGCCUGCAAAAAGGAUGCACAUGCGAGGGUUACCAAUACUACGAUUGCAUCAACGCUGGAUUCAAGAAUGGCAAGGUGCCAGAGGGAGACUCUUACUUUGUUGACUAUGGUAGCACCGAAUGCUCCUGCCCCGCCGGAGGGGGUCGGAUCAGCUGCCACUUCAUCAGCUGUCCUGAUAUGCCGCCAAACUGCAUCGAGGUCUCAGAACCUGCAGACGGUUGCAUGCAGUGUGAACGCGUAGGAUGUGUUCAUGAUGGGCAAAAGUAUGAGGCCGGACACUCCUUCCACAUUGACUCCUGUCGGGUCUGCCACUGCCCCAAUGAAGGGGGGAAGCUAAUAUGCUACCCUGUGCCAGACUGUGAUCCACACAAUGUCCAUAAACCAAUGUUAGCUGCACCAACAGUGGAGGACACAGCCAACAGGGGCAACAGGUACCCCUACAGGUUUGACCAGCAAGGGCGCACAGAUCAGUUCUCCACACCGCAUCGCCUUCCUCCUAAUGGGAAUCUUCCCCUCUUCAGAUUGCCUUUGGAUAAGGAAGAGCCAGUAGAUUAUGAUUACGGUCCUACAGACUUUCCGGAGACCUACCCUCAAUCUCUGGUCUUCCCCACCCAGUCCUCCUCCUCCAGGAAGGUCAUCUCUGUGUCCCGAGGCUUGGACAGACCUGACAGAACCUCUGGCCUUCAGAGCUUUGGCAGACGAAGCAAGCUUGAGCUGAGAGAGCGAUACGGAGUUCAUGACAAUCCUGCAGACAGAGAGGAAGUGACAGAGAGUCCCCAGAGAGUAGAGCAAAGCACUGUCAGGCCACAUAUGCACAAAGACACCACUACUUCUUGGCAGCCUUCACAGGGUCUAACAAGUGUGCAAAGUGUCACAUUCAAUGAUAUGACUACACAGACAGAUUUCGAGAAUCCGUUGCAUGCACUCAAAAGUUCAGAUAGUGUCAUAUUUCCACUAAACCGAGGAUUAGUGGGUGAAAAAUACCCCGACUAUGUGACUUCAGAGAGUGCAGUUCAUCACGGGAGAGGCUCUGAGUCGAAGACAUAUCACCAAAAUGCAUCAGAUGGUGUGACACCCAGAGGUUCAGCAAGUAAGAUCAGUGUUAGUCAAGCAGGUAAAGGUGCAGACAGUCAAACCAAUCAGCAGAGACCAUCAGAUAGAGUGAAUUUUCCACUAUACAUGCUUAGAAGCCCAGAUAGCCCAAUCCAUGGCCAGGCAAGUUCACAGGGGACAGUUGUACCGGACAGUGCAGAAGCGAUGGAUGAAGAACAAAUGGAAAAGGAAGAGGAGGAAGAAAUAGUAACAUUUCAUAGUGUCACUGGGCCUGAAGGAGGGGACAUGCCCUACAAGAUAAAAUCAGCACAACAAGAGAGAAACCAAGAGGGGUCAGAAAGCAGCAAUCCAACCAACAGCUACGAAAAGACCACACCCGAGUCCAGAACCAUUUCCUCCAGGAGGCCUGAGUACCUGACAACCCCAGAGGCCCCUUUCAUUACCACCACCACCACCACCACCACCCAGCCGCCAGUCACUCUGGAUGAGAGGGAGCCCAGCAGAAAGCCAGGUCAGAGGCUGUUUAACCUUCACAUCGAAGACCAGAAAGAGGUGACGGAGAAAGAGGAGGAGAGGAAGGAUCGCCCUGUUUUGCUCGUCAAACCGGAUGGAGGUCCAGGUGGCUCUGCUGAAGACCUUCUGCGAAGCUGCUGUGCUGCUGGCCAGAAUUGGGCCACUGGAAACCACGACUGCAACCACAUGCCACUGCUGAACACUGACAAGCACUCCAUAUGCAGUGUUACACAGAAGCAGUGCUGCCUCAGCUCAGUGAAGGCGAGUCAGUGUGAAUCAGGUAUGACUGCAGCUAGAGGAGGGGACACCUGUGAAGUGGGGGAGGAGAACCAGUGCACAGAUGACUCCUACCAGGUGUGCUGCAGCUGCUGUGCCCUUGGCUUACGGGUGCGCAGCGAAGGACAAGGUUGCGAUGCCCACCUGUACCUGGGCUACCCGUGCGGCCACGUCUUCCUCACCUGUUGCGAGGAAGAGGAAGGUCCAAGCCAGAUCCCGCUGAGGAGAAAGCAGAUGCCGAGACCAACUGCUAUGCCUAGAAAAGUCUCAGACAGCAAGUUCCCCAAGGAGGCCUUCUCUAUCAGUGCCACAGAUGAAACUGCCAACGCAGUGGAGGAGCAAGAGGAUUUGGAUGAGUGUCAGCUCUACCUGGGCCAGCUGUGCCAACAUACAUGCACCAACACCUGGGGCUCCUACCGCUGUGGCUGCCACCAGGGCUACGUCCUGCAGCAGGACGGUCAAUCCUGUGCACCAGUGAGUCCUGACGAGGACAACAGAGUCAGAGAGGACAGUCCUGCUUUGAUCCCAACACAAACUACUACUACCACCACUACAACUAGUACAACCACCACCAGCCCUGUCCGCCUCAACCCUUGUGCAGAAAAUGGUCCUUGCAGUCAGCAGUGUACAGUGGUGGCAGGCCGUGUUCGCUGCUCUUGCUUCCCAGGGUUUUCGCUGAUGACAGAUGGACACAUGUGUGAAGAUGUGGACGAGUGCGCGACCAACACCCACAGUUGUCGGCCCAGCGAGGGCUGUGUGAACACAGUGGGCUCAUUUGUAUGCGAGCUGCGGGUCACUUGUCCUGCCGGCUACCAGCUGAGGAAUGGUGUUUGCGAGGACAUUGAUGAAUGUGUUCUGCGAACCCAUAACUGUGGUGUGGGCUUUGUGUGUGAAAACACAGUGGGCUCUUUCCUGUGCAACAUCAAACACAAGUGCAUUAGUGGCUUCACACAGGACUCCCAUGGCAACUGUAUCGACAUAAAUGAGUGCAGCAGCCUGAGCGAGCCAUGCAGCUCUGGCUUUAACUGUAUCAACACGGUGGGCUCCUACACGUGCCAGAAGAAGGUCGUAAUGUGCAGCCACGGCUACCACGCAAGCCCUGAUGGAGCCAAGUGUGUCGACAUUGAUGAGUGUCAGAUGGGGACGCACCGCUGUGGAGUGGGCCAGAUCUGUCACAACCUCCCUGGCAGCUACCGCUGUGACUGUCAGACGGGCUACCAGUAUGAUGCCCUCCGCAAAGUCUGCACCGAUGUAAAUGAGUGCUGGCGCUAUCCUGGCAGGCUGUGUGCCCAGACCUGUGAAAACACCCCAGGCUCCUACCACUGCUCAUGCACAGCAGGAUUCUCCCUAGCAUUUGAUGGGAAAAACUGUGAAGAUGUAAAUGAAUGUGACAAAAACCCCUGUAGCCAAGAGUGUGCCAACAUCUACGGCUCAUAUCAAUGCUACUGUCGCCAAGGCUACUACCUGAAAGAGGACGGACGCACAUGUGAAGAUAUUGAUGAGUGCUCCCAGAGCAUCGGGAACCUUUGCGCCUUCCAGUGUGUUAAUGUUGCAGGCAGCUACCAGUGUGCCUGCCCCCCUCAUGGAUACGUCAUGUCCGCCAAUGGACGCACCUGCAGAGAUAUCGACGAAUGCACAACUGGCACCCACAACUGUUCAUAUGGACAGACCUGCUACAACCUACAGGGAGGCUUCAGAUGUCUCUCCUUUGACUGCCCUCACAACUACAAGAAGGUUUCAGACACACGCUGUGAGCGAACCAGCUGUCCCAGUAACUCUGUAGACUGUCAGAACUCCCCCGUCCGCAUCACGUACUACCAACUCAGCUUUCAGACCAACAUCAUCAUCCCCGCCCAGAUCUUCCGGAUCGGACCGUCCCCGGCCUACUCCGGCGAUCACAUCGUCAUCGGUAUCAUCAAGGGCAACGAGGAGGGCUACUUCAGCACCAGGAAGCUGAACAGUUUCACAGGCGCUGUGUACCUGAAGAGACAAGUCCGCGAGCCCAAAGACUUCCUGAUCGAUGUGGAGAUGAAGCUGCUGAGGCAGGGGACGUUCACGUCGUUCCUCGCCAGAAUCUACGUCUUUAUCACGUCCAGCACCGUGUAACACCGGAGAGAAAGAGACAGAGAGAGGGACUGGAAAUUUCAGAUGGUGCUAAACUUUUAUAUGUGCAGACUCUUUUUGUAAUGCCUUCCCACAAUCAAGCAUUAUUCAAGAAUCUUGUAAAAUGUUGCCAGAGACCUUACUGUUGGCUUCUUUUGUCUUUGGCAGGUUAUCUGCUUGUUUCUGCAGACUUUUUAUGGCAAUUAUAUUUCCUGAGAAACUUUGUAUUUCUAUUUACCAAAGCAUUUUUCAGUUCAACUCUUGCUAACAGAAUUUAGCUUGUAUGCACCAGUAUUGACAGGGUUUUCUACUCCUCUUAGUUUAUACAAACGGUGGCAAGGUGCUGCAUAGGUUGCUGCACAAGUCUGGGUGGGUGGUUUGUGCUCUGCUCCACUCUCUUUAAGAACGGAACUGUUUGACCACCCUAUGUAAAUGUUCAUUUUUAAGACAAUUAUUCAUGAAUUUCAAGUUUGAAGAAACUAAUAAACCUUUACAGCACUAGAAUUUAAGGGCACUUGUCACUAUGGAGGCCCAAAACUGACUAAAUGUAGUUAAAGCCUAUAAGAUGAGUCAAAAACAUGUACUGAAUACAUCCAUUUUUAAAAUAUUCAUAACUGAAAUAUUAUUAUUUUUUAAUUUUUGAAUAGAAGAUUAUUAUGAAUAGAAAUUAUAUUUUUUCUUUCCAAUUGGUUGCUAAAAAGAAAAACAAAAUAUUUAUUUUCUUUUACCACUAAUCCAUUAACAGAAAAAAAAUUAUUAACUUAAUUUGUAAGGGCAGGGAUAACUGUGGUAAGUGAGUUAAAUGAGCACAUUGAUAGUUAUUUUUUCUCUUAAGUAUGGUCAAGAAAGCGAGUCUAUACUCAAUAAAGUAUAUGCGGAGCCCCGUAGAGAAUAUUUCUCUUUUUCUAGCUUAAGACAGUAUGUCUUUGAAAACUCUAUUUAUAUUGAAAUUAUUUUCCACUUGCUAAUUUUAUUUUUCAACUUUUUUUUGGCAGAAAUGUAAUCAUUUAUCUGUUUCCCUAAUGCAACAUUUCCUAUAUACCUCACACUUAUAUGAGAAUGAGAUGGGUGUGUUCAUGUAAAUCCAGGCCAAAGAUCGAUCCAUUUUGGGAGUCUGUAAAAGUAAAAUAAAUUUCAACAAAUAACAAAUUUAAUUUGUUUUAAAUUAACAAACAGUGUCAUGUAUUGAUGUAUUCAGUUAUAGUUUAUAUUCACUUUUGGCAGUUUUGAGCCUCCACAUUCACCAUCCAAAUUUGCGAAUGUGGUUAAGAAAAAAAGUAGCAGAAUCGUCAAAUAGUGCAUUUUGUUCAACAUUUGGUGUAUAUUAUUUUUUUAAAGAUGUGAUCUGAUUAAAUGUUAGUGUUGUAAUUCAGUGCAAAUCACACUAGAAACAUUAACGAGUCAUUUAUGGUAAAUUCCAGCACUGAGAAUUAUUAAUGUAACUGUUGAUCAUUGUAUUGUCAUUGUAUUGAAGUGUCAUAUUCUUUCCUUUAUUACUGGACAUAUCUUUCUAUGUUACUGUGUUGUAAUUAUCUCAGGGUAAAAUUCAUGUCAUUUUGUAUACGCUUGACAAAUUCCCGUGUAGUUUGCAGGAAUGAAUCAGUCUGCUGUCGUAACUUCAGACUGGCCUCACGCAGCCUGUACAGUUUCAGCUGCCACACAACACUUGUAUCAAUAAACCAAUCAAUAAAUGAUGAUCAAACUGUUGUCAGUUGCUCAAUAAAAGCACAAAUCUGA